AUGAAUGAGGAACGGGAACUAGUGAUCAAUCCUGUCGUACAGACCAGUGUCCAGCACAAUACCCAGGUAGUUUCCAACAUACGUAACUUGACCGCAUCGCUAUUUGGCGUCGCUGCCGGCACCCUCGGUCUGGAGUCCUACCCUGGCUUUGUAUUCUAUCUUGUUGGGACCUUGAUCGUAUCGCUCCUCAUCUUCGUCUUCCGCGCUGAGGGCAAACCAUCGGAAUACUUCCAUCGGCCACUGGGGGAUCUCUGGGGAGGCGAGGUUUUCGGAGGACUGAGCAGCUUUGUUCUGACCUGGACACUGUUUUAUGGGCUGGUACGCGCUUGA